UAUACUCGUAUCUUGUAGCAGCCACUAAAGCAAAAUUCUGAGAUCGAAAAAGCUAUAUAAAAAAAAAAAACUGCUUCCGUUUCAUCGAUUUUGUCCAGAUCUUCCCCUUCUUCCGGUAAUCGAAGCUUACGAGAUAGUUGAGUGAAGAUGAUCUAUGAUGUGAACUCUGGUCUAUUCAGAUCCUUCCUGAGCCAGAAGGGUAGCUCGUCCGACAAAAGGAAAAUGGAAGAUAAGCCAAGAGAACAGAAGCCCAAAGCCAGCGACAACAAACCUGUUAUGAAUGAAUGAGAACAGAUUACAUCUUCUUGUAAUUUCUCUUUACCUAUUUCAGUUGUAAGGAUCAUUUUAAUGAAUUAAGUUUCUUUCCUAUGGAAUUGUCAUUUGCCAAUUGGCUUUGGGUUAUUUAUCUUCUGAGAUUGGUGGCCAGAGUCAAAAAAUCCCAAAAUUCGCAUAAAAAUCUUAACAAACAUCCCAUUCAUUGAUUCCUUUCGUAAGUUCUUCUAUUGAUCAUAACGAGUGUCUGAUUGCCGAAAUCCAAAACACCUUAAAGAAAAGCUUCACAAUGAAUCCAAAUAUCUCUCAACGCUGUUGUCACUACCAAUAACCAAAACUGAACAGUCAGUUGGUAAAACCCAU